AUUUGUUUACGCAUUGUUCACUUCAAAAUUCAACCGCUAGCGCGAACGGCCGGCUUCGGCCUACGCUUUUAAUGUUUCUUGUUAAAUUUUUUUAUUGACUCCACAAGGAAAUCGUCGGUCUCUCUCGAUUGUGCCGCGAUUUGGCGGACGAUCUAUGAAACAUUUUAAUCAUCUUACAGUUAAAUAGCAUCGUUAACGACAUGACGCACGUUAAUUUUUUACAUCGUCGUGCGAACGUGACGAACUUAUGUGGGCUUGGACCUCUGGCAAAAAUUUAUCUUGGAACACGUAGACCGAUAUGUUCUCGUGAUUAUUUCGACCCGAUCGAAUUCGCUACAAGAUUACCCGAAGUUUCGCCGUCAUGGAUGAUUGCGAGAGAAAACAGGACUUGCAGGAACAGGAAUUGGCGAGGAAUGCUGUCCUGAUAUCCAGCAGUUCCUUGCCCUAUACGACUCCGGUAAAAGGGUAUGAUUUCAACAAGGGAAUCGACUAUCACGAACUGUUCGCGACCAUGGCGAGCUGCGGAUUCCAAGCUACGAAUUUUGGACGAGCGAUCGAGGAAGUAAAUCGGAUGCUUCACCAACGGAACGUACUUCUCAUGGAGGACCAGCUGGACGAGUCGGAAGAGGAUGAAUUUGUAAAAAGGAAAUUCCAUUGUACGAUAUUUCUGGGUUAUACGUCGAAUAUGGUGUCCAGUGGCGUCAGGGAUGUUAUUAGAUUUCUCGUGCAGCACAAACUGGUGGAUUGUCUCGUAACCACGGCCGGCGGUGUGGAAGAGGAUCUCAUAAAGUGUAUGGCACCCACGUACGUCGGCAGCUUCUAUCUGGACGACAGGAAGCUCCGGGAAAGUGGAAUCAACAGAACGGGAAAUUUGCUGGUACCGAAUGAUAAUUACUGUCUGUUCGAAGAUUGGCUGAUGCCCAAGCUGGACGCGAUGCUGGCUGAACAGAGGACGAAGGGCACUUCGUGGACACCGUCCAAGAUGAUAGCGAGACUCGGCGAGGAGAUCAAUCACGAAGAUUCAAUCUACUAUUGGGCCGCGAGAAAUAAGAUCCCGGUGUUUUGCCCGGCGCUGACCGACGGCAGCCUCGGGGACAUGAUGUUCUUCCAUUCGUUCAAGAAUCCAGGACUCGUGCUCGACAUUAUCGCGGACGUCACGAGAUUGAACAGAAUAGCCAUGAAGGCGGUCAACAGCGGCAUGAUAAUUGUCGGAGGCGGUGUGGUGAAGCAUCACAUCUGCAAUGCCAAUCUCAUGAGGAACGGCGCGGACUAUGCCGUCUACAUUAACACCUCCUCGGACUUCGACGGCAGCGACAGCGGCGCCCGGCCCGAGGAGGCGAUCUCCUGGGGCAAGAUUCGAAAAGACGCCGAUCCCGUUAAGGUGUGCGCGGACGCCACCUUGGUAUUUCCGUUGCUGGUGGGAGAAACUUUCGCAAGAUACCAUCAUACGGGGAAGAUAGGAAAAUAGGACAGAGUAGCUACGAUACAGAUAAGGCAUGUAGGAAAUGUCCGUGUAACGAUAAGUGUAUACAAUAAUUAUGUCUACUUAAGUCAUGUACGCGAGAAAUAUUAAAUUUGUAUAGAAAAGAAAAGAAGGGAGCUUAAUU